AAAUGCACGCUUUUCAUUCAACCACUCACUGAGAGACCUUCCCUUUUUUGCCACUGAUUUUAGAAGAAUUUUUACACAAGCAAAUAUUGCAUGUACACAGUACAUACAUGCAUAUACGUACAUGUUACAUGUAUAUAGUAUAUUCUACUGCCGUUUUGAAGACCAAACACGGACAAGAGGAAACGCCACUUUACUACAAGUCACUGCCAUUCCAGAUUUAUCGUUGGAAUGGUGGGAAGAGACAAUGCAUAUACAGCCAAAACCAAUGUCAGAUUCCAUUUUUGCUUUUCAGGACCUCUCUUUCUAACUUAUUUAGUUUCUGGUGCCUUAUCACUUUUAUUAUCACUUGCCAAGUUCUAAGCUCCACUCUUUAGAAAAACGCAACUUAAUUGGAGAGCUUGUUGAGGUGCGGCUUUCCUUCCAAACCAAUGAGAAGUUUUAGAGUAUUGUUUUUGUUGGUGAUUUUUUUGGUGUUCAAAAGUGUUGGUUCUUCAACAAGUCCGAAUGGGUUGGAAACUGUUGAAGAAGCCUAUCUAAACUGGGUGAAGCAAAUGGACUCUUACAAACAUUCUCUUUUCCAAAAAGCAAUCAACAAGUUCCAUCCUUGCAAGACUAUAAAAGUUAACAAAAACCCAAGAUUAGGAGCUUUUACUUCUCUACAAAAGGCCAUUAAUUCACUGCCUACAUUCAGUAACUGUAGAGUGGUUAUUUCACUUGGUGCAGGGAUUUACAGGGAAAAGGUUGAGAUUCCUAAUACCAUGGCUUACAUUACCUUGGAAGGUUCUGGUGUACACAAGACCAUCAUUGAGUGGGAUGAUACAGCUGACCGAUUGGGACAAAGUGGGCGUCCUCUGGGUACCUUUGGUUCUGCAACUUUUGCAGUUAAUUCUCCUUAUUUUAUAGCAAAGAAUGUCACGUUCAAGAACAAAGCGCCAUCGCCGCCAUCAGGAGCUCUAGGAAAGCAAGCUGUGGCGCUGCGCAUUUCGGCCGACACAGCAGCCUUCAUAAGCUGCAAGUUCAUAGGAUCACAAGACACCCUAUAUGAUCACAUCGGUAGGCACUACUUUGAGAACUGCUACAUCGAGGGCUCCGUCGACUUCAUCUUCGGCAACGGCCUUUCCCUCUACAGAGGUUGCCAUUUGCACGCCACGGGAAACAGCUACGGUGCGUUGACAGCCCAGAAGAGAGAAAACUUGCUUCAGGAGACGGGGUUCUCAUUCGUCAAGUGUAAGGUUACCGGGUCAGGAGCAUUGUACUUGGGCAGGGCGUGGGGAACUUUUAGUAGGGUCGUCUUUGCCUUCACUUACAUGGACAAGAUAGUGACUCCAAGAGGAUGGUAUGACUGGGGAGACAAAAACAGGGACAUGACUGUGUUUUAUGGACAAUACAAGUGUAUGGGCCCAGGUGCUGGUUUUGGAGGGCGUGUGUCAUGGUCAAGAGAGCUAACUCCUCAAGAAGCAAGACCAUUUAUUUCACUCGGUUUUAUCAAUGGCUAUGAAUGGCUUCCAAAGUUGUUGUAGUUUAGACCGACC